AUGGCAGCGAAUCGCACGAUUGCGGAUAUGGCGUUUGUCAAAGAAGAAGAUAAAUCAUAUUUCGAGGAAUCAUCGCUAUUCCCGAAUAUGAAUCAAACGCUACCAAAUUUCGACUUUGAUCGGGUGAGAUUUUUCCAGAUUACUUUCAGUUUUAUUCAAACCACUCGUUUUCUUCAGUUGGAGAAAGACUUUUCAAAACUUCUCAUGGGAGAUCAAAAUGUUCGAUUAGCCAUGCAAGGAUUCUCUCGAAAUGCUCUUCUUGAACAAGAUCCACGUACAUUAGCCGAUGAUACGAGAGAGAAUUUGAUGCGCGAAAAACGAAGAGUAUGUUUGAAACCGGAGAGAAGGUGUUGUUAAUUACUGAACUUUUCAGAUAGAUUCGUUCAAAACCGCUCUUUGUGAACAACAUCGACGUACUGGAAAAUGUCCAUAUGGAGAUAAUUGUCGAUUUGCACACGCUGUCGAAGAACUUCGUUUACAAAACGCGGUAUAAUUAUAUAUAUGAAAUAUGAAAAAUGAAAAUUGUUUGUUUUUUUUCAGUUCCGCGGACGUAAUCAUCCAAAAUACAAAACAGUUUUAUGCGACAAGUUCACAAUUAAUGGAGUAUGCAGAUAUGGUAAUCGGUUAGUUUAUUUGAAAAUGAAGUAUAUUUCAAACAUGUGGUUUUUUUAAAGAUGUCAAUUUAUUCAUCGACUGGCAAAUGACGAAGUUGUUAAUCAAUUGCGUGGAGUCACUGAUGUUGAAUUGCCGCCACCAAAACCACGUGUUCCACUUGUUGACAUGAAUCAGAGGUUUGUGAAUUCAUUUAUCUUGUAAAUUGUUUUCUAAAUUUCAUUUUUUCAGCUUGCCAGUGAAUCAAAAUGACAUUGCUCGUGCAUUUGGUCGAUCUGUCGAUUUUGGACAACCAAGUGUUCAACGUUUGGCUCGUUUUAGUGAUCGUGAAUACCGAAAAGCGACAUUUAUGAAUUAG